AAGUUGUUUCUUGUUGGUCUACCCAACACCGGCAAGACACGAAUGUUGACACUGGCUGGCAAACAAUGGAUAGAAAGUGGCCAUCACCUGUACAUUUUAGUCAGUAUUUGUACAAGAAGGGACUUCAUGUCCUCAUUUUCCAAAACAUCCAACCAUACGACUGCGACAAAAGAUAUAGAUGAGACUUCACGACCCUUUGUCACCCAAGUAAUCUGUAAUUUCAAUAUCAAGAAGGAAAUGAAGGAAAUUCUGGACAUGUUAACAACACAGGGCAAAAAGAAAUAUACCACUGCGUGUGAUUGCAAGUGAAGUGGACUUAGGGGGGUAAGUAUGAUUGUCUUGUUAGUAUACGGCUUAAACACAUUUUUGACACCUACCUUCUAAACAUUUUAUCAAUACAGGACAAAAAGAAUAUACCACUGUGUGUGAUUGCAAGUGAAGUUGAUUUCGGGGGGUAAGUAUGGAGGUCUAGUUAGUCGAUGUCUUAAACACAUUUUUACGCCCACUCCAUACUGUAUUUGCAAACACUUUCAAGAUUUUCAUAAUAAUGAUUCUACAUAAGAAAAAAAAACAGGGCUUCACAAACUCCACGUUUUCACCUUUGUUUAAUUCUACCAAUGCAUUUGUGCAUUAUAUAACACAACAAAAUGCUAUUUCGUCUUCUAAGAAAAUACACUAUGUGGACAAAGUGGUAGAGAAGAGGCAGAAAGAGAAUAAAAGAGAAACUGAUCAACAGACAAAGAGAAAGAGCUGGAAAAUAAGAUAUAGAUGUUCAACGAAGAUCUCGCUAGAAAAUUGUGUCUAUACUUACAACUAAAAUAUACUCAUGAAUAUAUUUUGACUAUUUUUAAGUGCAUAAAAGCUAAGUAAACAUGCAUUUGGCUUUUCUUAUUUGUCUUGCAGAAAAUAUUUUAAAACAUUUGUAGAAAGUCUAAGUCGCCAACAUCCAAAUCUUGUAUUGUGGGCUACAAUCAGCACUAGUCAGAAUGUACCCAAUGGAUGGAAGGUACAGACCUUCACUCGGGCUCUCACCUGUCCACCUGCAGUGGUUAGAGAAGCUUAACGUGCAGGAGCUGAUUAUUUCAUACCUGAGGCUGAAAUCAAACCACGUGACUGCCUGACUCCUACAGACGGCCCACAAGUGAAGUAUAUUUAUCAUGAGAUGGACUCCACGGGUUACCACGACUGUUCUCUGUGUAGCAGGAAGGUGGCCGAUUUUCUCAACAACCAUUUUCCUACUAAAAGAAACAAAACAGCUUCCCCAGAUGAUACCACCCAAGCAACAACAUCAUCUUUAACACGAGUACAACAUGAAUCACCUACCUUGAAGGGAUCUUCCAAUCUUCAAGACAAAGACAUUUUAGUGAUAUUUGAAAACGACAAACUUGAUUACUCAUACUUGCAGGAACUAAAGAAAGUAGGUUUUCAAGUACAGCCUCGAGAGGUUAAGAAUGAAAAAGAAGUCGUGAAAGAAGAAACUGAUUGUGUCUGCUACAUGCAUGUUGAUCGUUUCCGCAAAUUUAGACUAAGACGUAAAAUCGUGGUGUACGUGGAAAGUCUGUCACCUCCUGAAAAAGUUUCCAACAAAUGGCGGGGCAUCACGUGCUGCGUGGCACAGCUGAUCGUCGUGAAAUGGAAAAGUACAUAAUUUUCUUGCUCUUCGUACAGCUUUAUCUGUUUUUUUCUUUCCACUUUACACACAUGUUCAUUUAUUCAACUUGCACUACAUCUUUCAAUUCUACGUGUAUUAAAGUUCUUUUCAAUGCUCAACCAGCUGCUUAAAAUAAAUUGCAAAAUAAUCAACAUAAAUGUUUUUACAAUAAGUACUUUAAUUGUUAAAAUGUGUGUAUGCUCUAAUAUACAAGAUAAACCUGUGUAUACGCGCAUGAGUUUAAGUAAAUUCUUUCAUAAAUAUGUAUGUUUAUGAAAAUAAAAAUGCCAAAUAAUUUAA